AUACCAACAAAUGAAUGUCAGAUUUUAGCAGAAGAUUUAGAUGCAGUUGAAGUUGAAGAAACCAAGACUUCUGCCAGAGUAUCUGAGUCCAAGGAGAAGGAUGCCAGAGAGAUACAUGAUACUGGGAAAAGCCUUGCCAUGGGAAACAUCAAAGAACAGUUCAUCAAGGAUGAGAGUUGCACAACAGAACUUCAAAGGAUAUCCACGACAAAUGAAACCAUUAAUGAGGUAAAAGAUUCAGAUCAAGCACCUACUAAGACACUUAAAGCAGCAUAUCUCAGUGAUAAUAAAGAAGCUGAGAAAUCAUUGGCUGCAAAAGAUCACAAUUGUGAGCCAGAAGCAUCUUCCAUUACAGAAUCAUUGGCAGAAGAGAUUAAGCAAGUUGUUGAGAAGCCAGUGGACAUCACAAAGUCAGUAGCUGAAGAGUUCGAAGAAAAAAUGAAUGAAGAAAACGUAGAACCAGCAGAUGAUGGUGAUGACAAAAUAAAUAUAGCAGUAGCAAGGGAAGAAACAAGCUUAGUGGAAGUUCAGCUAGAUGACAAGAUCAUUACUUCAGAUGAUAUGAGUCUAGCAAUGAGAACAGCAGAUGCUAACUCACAAAGUGAAGAAGUUGACAGCAUGAAGCUUGAAGAAACUGCUUGUUUGGUGUCUCAACUACCACCAACCGAAAGUGAGAUUGCAGACAAAGAGCUUGUGGUAGCAGAAAAUCCAGAAGCAAUUGAAGUUGAAGAAACCAAAACUUCUAAUACAGUACCUGAGUCCAAGGAGAAGGAUGCUGAAGAGAUACAUGAAGCUGGGAAAAGCUUAACUAUGGAAAAAAGUAAAGCACAACUCAUUGAGGAAGAGAGUGGUACAACAAAACUUCAAAAGAUAUCAAUGGCAGAUGAAACAGUUGAUGAGGUGAAAGACUCGGAUCAAGUAUCCAUUGAGAAUCCUGAAGCAACAUAUCCUAAUAUAGAGAAAUCGCCAACUGCAGAAGAUCUCAAUUAUGAGUCAGAAGCAUCUUCCGCUGCAAAAGCACCAGAUGAAGAAAUUAAACAAGGUAUUGGGAAGUCAGUCAACUUCACAAGCUCAGUAGGUGAAGAGUCUGCAGGAAAGGCAAAGGAAGAAAACAAAGAAACAACAUAUAAUUGUGAUGAUGAGAUAGAUACUUCACCAGUGAUAUUGCUAGCAGAACAAACAAAAUUAGAGGAAGUUCAGUUAGCUGACAAGCUUGUAAGUGUAAGGACCCUUGAUACUACUUCAAAUGAUAUGAGUCCAGAAAUGAGAACAAUAGAUGCUAACAAACAUGGUGAAGAAGUUGAUAGUGUGAAGCUCAAGGACACUUCUGGCCUGGUGCCUAAAAUGCCUACAACUGAUUGUGAGCUCGCAGACAGGAAGGGUGCAGAAAAUCCAGAUGCAGUUGAAGUUGAAGUAAACAAAACUCCAGUCCCAAUACCUGAGUGCAAAACACAGGAUGUUGAAGAGAGUUGUGAAAAUGGGAGAACCCUAUCUGUGGAAAGCACUGAUACAUAUAAUGAAGAAGAAAUCAAAAAAGUUCCUGAAACCAUACUUAAAUGUCAAGGUGUUGAAGCAAUUCCUGAAGGUGAUAUUAGCCCAAAUCAGACUUUCUCAGCUGAGAAAGUUGCACAACUUCAGGAACCAUUGAUUGCAAUGGUUUCCAAGGAACAGGACUGUGAUAGUAGAACCACAAUUGAGAAGAUAGAGGAUGGGAGCACAAAGACAGAUAAAAUUCUAUUGAGUGAGAAUUCGGAGGAUUCUUUUGCCACACGUACCAAAGAAGAGAUAAACUUGCAAAAGGAAAAUCCCAGGGAGCUUGAAGUUUCAAAAUUGGAGCUUGAAUUCAUCGAAGAAAUACACAAUGACAAUGCGCAUGAAGCAUCAAAAGAAGGAGGCAUACCUCUGGAACAUGCUACAUAUGUAGAGCCUCAAGAAUACGUCUCCAAUAUUGAAUUUGCUGAUUCUCCAUCAGCAAGUGAGAAAAGCUUGGAAGCCAGAAAAUCCAUGCACAAAAAUUUGUAUGAAACUUCAGAAGAAGACACUACAGAAUCAGGGAACUUGAACAAGGAAACUGAUGAUUUAGACAUUCCUCAUUCAACUGACAAAGAGAUUUUACCAGUCGAUGUGAGUGAGAAGUGCGAAGAAGACGCCAAUCACAAGAUUCAGAAGACCAAAAAGUUCCCUGAAUCAACGUCCGAGGUACCUAGUGCUGAAGAAUUCCCCAAAACAGAAGAGAGAGAAAUGAAGGAAAAGUAUCUUGAGGCAGUGACAACCACAUCUUCUGAAACAAAUCAGUGUGAAAAAAUAAAUGAAGCAAAUGAAAACAUAAAGCACGGAGGUUCAACUGAAAAGGUAAUGGAUAAGGAAGUUGCGGAGGACUCUCACGUAUUGUUUCAGGAGGAUAGAACGAAGUGCUACCAGGAGGAUAAAUUAGAGGCGCUAGAAUACCGAGCAGACAAGACAAAUCAAACAUUUGAGAUCAACGAGAAUGCAAUUGAAAGAAAAGAGAAUACAGGUGAAGGCAAGGCUCUUGAGGAUUCCUCCAAAUACUUGGUUGGGGACAGACCAGUUAAUGAGAGCCCCCCAGAAGAAGCAAAGGAAGUACAGAAUGUUAAUGAGUCACCAAUUGAAGUAGACCUUAAAAAACAAGGAGACAAAACAAACUGUAUAGAUUCAAAGACAGAAGCUAGGGCUCUGAGUGAAGAGGUUAACAGCUCAGAAGCAGAGUUAGUAGAUCAUUAUGAGAGCAGCACAAGUGCUCCAAAUAAAGAAACAAUCACAAAUGAGGAAGUGCUGCAAAAUACAAAACUGGAACACCCACCCAUUACUGAAGCAGCGGCUGAAACAGUGCCAUACGAAAAACUAGGUGAAAAGGAGGUGGAAGUCCCUGGACCUACUCCCAGAGAGCCAAUUCACAAGACCUUCGAAACAUAUUCAGAAAGCCUCGUGGGUGAUGAGAAGGCCAAGGACACAGUUUUUGAAUCAGGUUUUGACGGAAGUGAUGUUGAAAUAGACAAGAAUCUGACAGAGCAAGAAGUUUCUGCAGAUGCACCGGUGAGCACACCAGGAGGAGGAAAAAGCAUCAAAAAUGAGGGACUGCAUGUAAAUGAUCAGGAAUUAGCACAGCUUUCAAUAAAGGGAGGUGAAAUGCAGCUUGAUGAAGCUGAGUCUAACAAAACAGUAACAGCAAGUGAAGAUGGCGAAACUCAAGAUCCAAAUGAGAAGCUUAAUGUAUUAUCUGAGACCAUGGAUUCAGGACUGGAGAAAUCAGAAAAACAAUGCUGCGUGGGUAUUAUUAAAGCAAGUGAAAUCACUCAAGACAUACAAAAGCUGGAGAAACACUCUCUUGCUGUAUCAGAUAAGCAAAUUCCAUUUGAGCCAGAUCCAAAUGAGAGGACGGAGGCCAAGAUUUCAACAGGAAACAAUGAUUUCCUCCUUGUUCAAGAUGACACUGCAAAAACAUUCGAGGCAGAGAUAGAAGAUUCAAAACCUGGAAAAGCUUCAGAUGCUGAAGCAGAAACCAAAGCAGAAGAAUGUGUAACAGAGGAAACCCCUCUUGCUAUAUCAGAUAAACAGAUUUCAGUGGAAUCAGCUUCAAAUGAGAGCAUAGAGGGCAGGAUUUCAACUGGAGACAAAUCUUUUGCGCUCGGGCAACAGGACCCCACUACGAAAACCUGCGAGGCUGAGAUAGAAGAUUUAAAACCUGGAAAAGCUUCAGAGGCUCAACCAGAAAACAGAGCAGAAGAAUGGGGAGAAGAAAGAAUAACACACGAUGCGUGCGAAGAAACAACAGAAAAGUCCACACCAAUGGAUUCAGCCAAGUUUGCAUCAUCCGAUCUCCUGCAGGAAUCGACAAAAGCAACCUUGGAGGUGGCCGAACAUGGACACAAGACUGAGGAGAAAGAGCUAACAAUCAGCAAUGAAAAACUGCAAGCUGAUUUAACAGAAACAACUGAAGUUCAAGAACCAAAAACCGAUGAAGAGAAAGAUGAAGAAGAUGAACACAAAAGGACAGACUCAGGCUCUGAUGCUCCAGUCAUGGUAGAAGCCUCAAGAGAUUUGGAUGUCAAGGUGGCUCACAAGAAAUCCCAUAAUAUACUUUCAGGUGUUGGAUCAAAAGUAAAGCAUUCAAUCGCCAAGGUGAAGAAAGCUAUCACUGGUAAGUCUUCUCAUCCAAAGCCGCAUUCACCAAAAUAGAGCAAAAAAAUAGGAGAUCUAUGGCGCAGUUAGAACAGCUCGAUGGUUGGUCUAGUGCCAAAAUACUCAUGCACAAUGAGCUUGUGAGUAGUUUCACGUUCUUCUUAGAUUAUUCAAGUUUGCGUGUGGUGUGUAUUUGCCCAACAGGAAAAAGUUUAGAAUCACUGCUGUACAAAGUUAGUUAAAUGGUUGAUCUGAUUAUAACAUAUUAUCU